CCCUCGCAUACUGGAGCUAAGGGGGUAGCGCUUGCGCAGACGAGGCCGUAGACGAGGCCGCACUAACAAGUCUCGAUCUGACCCCUCCGCCAGCCAGCACUACUUUGUUUUGUCGAGAUGGGUUCCAUCUUGUGCCUGUCUGUGCCCGGUGCCUUGCUCUCUCCUCCUCAUCUUGCCUUGCCUUGCCCUGCCUCGCCUUUGCAGCCUACCUUACUUGGGCUGUCUUCACGUUGUAGGUAUCCAUCCAUACUCCGUACCCAUACGCGCGAUGGGUUCUGGACAGCAUUCUGUGACAAAAGGUGCUGGCCGGUGACCAGACAGGGAAUUCUGUCACUUGCAUCGAGUUCUCUCCAGUCUUGUCCCGUUCCUUGCUCACUCCACUACCUUAGCACUGAGUACUCCGUACGGGUCCAGACUUGCCAGUUGCUGGUGGUUUUUGUCCUCUCACCGUUUUACGUCUACGUUGUGUGUCGACUACUAUGCCAGAUACAUUGGUGAGAAGGGAAUAGGUAGGGUAUCCGUAGUCACUCUUGAG